AUGAAAUUCAUCAUCGUUGGCGCUGGACUGGGCGGCUUAAGCGCGGCUCUCUGUUUCGCAAGACGUGGCCAUGAAGUCCUGAUCUUGGAACGAAAUCCCGCGCUCACACCACGAGGCGGUGCGGUCAACAUCCGCCCGGGUGCCAGCCGUAUCAUGCGAGAGUGGGAUUUGGAGGCAGACCUGGCUAAGAUUUCCGAACAAACACCCAAUUUUCUUCUCCGUCGGAUGGACACAGGUGACAUCUCGAUGGGUAGCGCUGCAGUUGAUAUCUCUUCGUUUCCUGACUGGGGCACAUUUCGCCAAGAUGUCGUUCAGCUUCUAUAUCGGAAAGCCUUAGACAAGGGAGUUCGGAUUAAGUUUGGCUCUACUGUCAGCAACGUUAGCGAGGAUUCAGAGGGUGCUUCGGUCUCGUUAGACAACAGUACUCUUGAAAAGGCAGACGUGCUUGUCGUCGCAGACGGGAUCCGAUCAAGACUCCGAUCAAAGAUACUCCCGGGAGGUCCCCGAGCGACAGAUCCUGCCAUCAGUCGCGUAACGUUCUACGGAUUCCAAGUGCCUGCAGAUGAUCUGCGUUCACAUCCAGGCACAUCUCGGCUCAUGGAUCAAGUCAGUGGCAACUGCUGGCUAGGCAAGGGCGCCUUUGUCAUUACCAGGUUCAAUUCCAGACUGCAACGCGUUGGCUUUCUCUUUGGGGUCGAAUCGGAAACUGACCAAAAAGCACUGUGGGAAGAGCAUGGCGAUAUCAACUAUGUUCGAGAAAGAUUUGCAGGCUCAACAUGUAGUGAGCUUGAUGUUGCGCUGAGCCUGGCUACGGAGUGUGAUCGUUGGAAAUUGGCUGAGAUGCCCGAUUUGCCGCGCUGGUCGAGCGAUGGGGGACGCAUUCUCCUUUUAGGCGAUUCAGCCCACGGUAUGCAUCCAAAUGCAGCUCAGGGAUACUCACAGAUAGUUGAGGAUAUUGCUGUCUUGGACUUCUUGAUAUCGCAUCACAGCGAGAAAAAUAAAGGGCUCCCUCUCGGACACGCCCAGAUGCAGAGCGUGUCCCAGGCCUGGCAGGCCAUAAGGAAGCCUCGAGUGGAACGAAUCAAAGCGUAUUCUAGAUGGAACACUGACCUGUUCUUGGGAAAAGGAGCCCCGAUGCCCGGCAGCCAAUCUGCUCAGCACAGUCUCAAGUCUAUGAAGAAUGUUCAACCAGACAUAAAUGCCAACUUUCAGUCGUCCCGAUUUCUCAAGUGGGCUCUCGACCACGAUGCUGUGGAUGAAGCGAAACAUUUCGUCAAGAAAUUAGAGCCGAAGCUCUAA